CUUUCCUACUAUCGAUCUAUACAUAUCAGCAUGGAGUCCAUCGACAAUCGCGCUGCCGUCUCUCUGUCAGAGGAAUUCAGCGUCCAGAAACCCAGGGUCCAGGAACCCGUCACUCGGCAGUCCCUCAGCGAUCUCCCAGAAGAACUUCUCGAAAGCAUCCUCGACCACUAUGACGCAAACGCCGGCUGGAAACCGCCUGAGGGCUUCCGCAGCGUCCCCAGCGACGACCGACUACGACCUCUCAGAUCAUUAUUGCGAGUAUCGAAACAGUUCCGUCGACUAGUCGAGCCCCGGAUCUACUCUUGCUAUGAAUACGACGACAAGCAGCACCGCAAGUUCCUCCGCACGUGUAUUGCGCGCCCCGACCUCGCCGGCGCGGUACGCUUCGCCAGAUUCAAAUGCCGCUUUUGGAAUGCGCGGAACAGUGCAGCCGGGGGUCUUGACGCCGCCGUCGCUGCCGCAGAAAAAGAAGCGAACAAUAAUAUCACUGACCUCUGCGCCGCCGCCGCAGAAAGGGGCUGGGACGAGACGUUCGUUGCCGAUUUAAUCGCCGGAAGAAAAAACGCAGAGCUGGCCUUCUCGCUGUCGCUUCUGCCCAACCUGACGGGACUGGACUUUGUGGCUCCCCAGACCUGGCCCACCGACUGCCAUCUGCGCCGCUUCAUAGAGGCGCAGCCGAUCUCCAAGCUCGCGCAAGUGCAGCUCUCGGGCGGCAUGGAGGGUUACGGCUCCGAAACGCUGGGCAAGUUCCUGGCCGCCCCGUCCGUUCGCGCGGCGCAUUGCAGCGGGAUGACGUUCCGGGGGCGGGAGCUGUGGGCGCCGCGGUCCUCGCAAGUCGAACACAUAGCGUUAGAAGAAUGCAGCUUGCAGGCCGCGGACCUGUGGGCGCUGUGCAGCGCGUGCACGGCGCUCAAGUCGCUCGCGCUCAACUGGAAACACCUCGACGAAUGGAGCGGCGCUGACCUCGACCUCGCUGCCAUUCUCCGCGCUAUCGACCUGCACGCCGCGUCGCUGAGCCGCCUCGCCCUCCUCGUCGCCGGCUACGUCCCUGACCUCGGCAUCUGCAUCCCCAGCGGCGCCUGCAUCAGGCACCCCGCCCCGGGCGCAAGCGGCUCGCUCAAAGCCCUCAAUAUCACAGAGCUCGAGAUCACGCAGCCGCUGCUCGCGGGCCCGAGCCCGACUCCGCGCUCUGCGCACGACUUUGCGGACCUCGCCGACGUCUUUCCCGCCUCCCUCAACACCCUCAAAAUCCACAUCAACGCGCACCUCCCCGCCUUCGUGCCCUUCCUGUCCGCUCUCGCGUCCCUGGCUCAACAGCCAGGCAAACUGCCACAGCUCAGACGUGUCGUCCUGCUUAUUCCGAGCCCAGAUUCUGACUGCGACACCCCGCCAUGGCUGCGCGACGCGCUGGCGGAACUGAGGGCGGCGUUUGCGGACGUUUGUGAGGAGCUGGAUCCGAGGGGGGGUGGGAGCGUCGUGCUGGGUUUGUGAGCUGGGCUGGGGAGGGGAGAGUGCUUGGUGUUGGG